CGAUUGGGCGGCUCGGCCGAGUCAGCGGCAGGACCGCGUGGGGUUGGGCCGCGAGUCGUAACACUGCCUAACAGUGACCCGGGGCCGGGAACCGGGUGGGAGGUCGUGAGCGGCGCAAGCCUGGGCUCUGAAAGGACAUGGCUGCCGUAAAGCCCAGCCUGGGCCGAGUCCUCCCCAGAUCGUCCAUGCUUUUCCUGUGCGACAUGCAGGAGAAGUUCCGCCACAUCGCUUACUUCCCCCAGAUCGUCUCUGUGGCCGCCCGCAUGCUCAAGGUGGCCCGGCUGCUGGAGGUGCCAGCCGUGCUGACAGAGCAGUACCCACAAGGCCUGGGCCCUACAGUGCCUGAGCUGGGGGCCGAGGGCCUGCGGCCAGUGACCAAGACCUGCUUCAGCAUGGUGCCCGUGGUGCAGCAGGAGCUGGACUCUCGGCCUCAGGUGCGCUCUGUGCUCCUUUGUGGCAUCGAGACACAGGCCUGCAUCAUGAACACGGCCCUGGACCUCCUGGACCUGGGGUUGCAGGUCCAUGUGGUGGUGGACGCCUGCUCCUCCCGCAGCCAGGUGGACCGCCUAGUGGCACUAGCCAGGAUGCGGCAGAGCGGUGCCUUCCUCUCCACCAGCGAAGGGCUCAUUUUGCAGCUUGUGGGUGAUGCUGCGCACCCCCAGUUCAAGGAGAUCCAGAAGAUCAUCAAGGAGCCUGCCCCAGACAGCGGGUUGCUCGGCUUCUUCCAAGGCCAGAACCCCCUCUUCCGCUGAACUCCUACUCUGCCUUGAGGGGGAGAUCUCCAUUCCUCCUGUCACUGAGGCCUCUGUGGAAGUGCCUUCCCCCCACCCUUGGAUCCCAAGAGUGGUGCAAUCCACUGGGAGUACCACCCCCUCGGGAGGGGAGGCGGGUGCUGCCUUACCAUUGGGCAACAGCUCCCGGAAAUGCAAAUGAAACUUUGGAAGCUGGAUGACCAUUGGUGAGGCUGGGCUGGAGGCGGGGCUCGGCCCCGGGCCACUUCACGCGGGUGGGAAAAGGAGGGGGAGGGAGUGUCACAGACUGUGUGGGACCCAGACUCGAAGAAUAAACUGAUGUAGCUG